UUCCAUAUAUAUAUAUAUGAAGUUAAGUUGCACCACCUUGCUUGCUGCCUUCUAGCUAAUAAAGAAAUAAUCUAAACUUUCCGAAAUUAGUGGCUUUUAAGAGUGAUGAUCGCAGUUGAGCCUCAUCAGAAUGGCUGUCCUUGCUUCCUGUUGGCUGAUGAUUGAAUCUAUUGUCAUCCCAGAUGGUUUUGCGAAGUGGUUUUAUUUGAGCUUCUAUAUCCAUCCCAUUUUUCUUUUUGUAUGCCAGAUUUUUCUUUGGCUCAAAUUGAUACUGAAAUAUCUUUCAGUUGUUUUCUUUUAUCCUCUUAAAAUCACUUGGUAUGUUUGUUUAUAUGUUUUUAAAGUUUUCAAAGAUCGUGUCAUCUGCUUUUUUUCAUCCCCUAGAUUGACCAAUUCUGAACCCAGCAGAGUAGAGGCUGAGGAUUAUGCACUUGUACAAAUCUGUGAUAGAAACCAAAUUGUUACCUCCUAUGGUUAUUCAAAUAUAGCACGUAUAUCAUGUCAGCAGCUAAAAGUACUCCCACUUCAGAAAUAUUAUGUGCUUGAAGAGGAGAGUAAUUUCCAGGAUGAUCAUCAAGUUUCAUGUGAGGAUGAACAUAUGGAAGAAGAAAGUUUGUUUUUUGAUGAAGAUAAAAGCACGAUUGAUGAUUCCACUUCUAUUUGUAGCUCUGAAUCAUCAUCAUCUCUCAAUCCUUACCAAGCAGGGAGUUUCAUGGACUGGGAACUCCGAUAUUGCUCUGAAACACUCCUAAAAGAUGCAAACUUAAAUGAAUGCAUACCAUCAAUUUGUAGCUCCAAUUCACCUGAAGCAGAAAACCUUGACGUGAGCGAGUGUUCGUCAUUGCUUUUCAGCUCUAAUACAGUAGCUGAAGAUCAAGACAUUAAUGCAUAUUCAAGAUCUAUUUGCAGCCUUAACUUACCAGCAGUGGUGGCACGAGAAGAACCUAUUGGACUUAAGGACCAAGAUUUAGACUCAUUCUACAGCGAGUACAUCCAAAGGAUGAGAUGGUUCGAUGUCCUAAAUUACGAUCGCACAUGUGGAAUAAGCUCAAUUCUGAACAAGCAAGAAACAGCGACUCCAGAUUCUUUAGAGAGCGCUGGAUCUGUGGAUUUCUCAAUCUUCCCUUAUAUGUCAUGGAGCAAAACAGUCAGAAAGAAGCUGCUAAGGAGUUUAGAAAGCGAUUUCGAGCUGGUUUAUGUGGCUCAGUCAUGCCUGUCGUGGGAAGUUCUCCACUAUCAGUACAUAAAAGUUGAAGCUCUUGCUAACUCUAGCUCUCAAAAUUUGUUAUUUUCUGAUAAUGUGGUGGGAGAAUUCCAGAAGUUCCAAGUGCUUUUGGAGAGAUUUAUGGAAGAGGAAAGGUGUGAAGGCACAAGGGUUUGGAAUUAUGUCAGAGGAAGGUUUUCCCUCAAGAGCCUUCUCCAAGUCCCCAAGGUUUCAGGAUUCUUUGAGCAGGAAAUGGAAAAAGAAGUCAUAGAUAUUAAACAAGUCUUGAAGGCCAUAGAAAGAUGCAUACAGGCAUUUUGGACCUUUGUUAAAACAGACAGCACAAAGCCUUGGUGGAAAUUGAGAACUUCCUUGUGGACUUGUCAGCCUGUGGAGAACCCUAGAGAUUUGAAACUAUUUGCUGAUCUCACUAGGAAACUUCAUAAGAAGGAACUAUGGUUAAAAGAUUCACAAGGGAAGCGAAGAUGCUGGCUCAGGAGAGUAGUAAAGCCUGAUGUGGAGGAGUCUCAAAGAAAGGAGAUGCUAUACACAAUGAUAGACAUAAAGCUGAUAUCAAGAGUGCUCCAAUUGCCAAUGCUUUCUUCUGCCCAGCUCAAUUGGUGCAAAGAAAAGCUCCACAACAUUCAGGUUCAGGAAGGGAAGAUUGUCAGGGCUUCCACUUCUGGCCCCUUAUUUCCUCCUUGAUAUUUUUCUACAAGUGGAACCCAGUUAUAUUAGUAUUAUGCCUAUAGCUUGUAAAUAAGAUCUGGUAGAAUAAGAUGUUGGGUUCAAUUAUUCAGUUCAUUAAGAAUUUUUUUUUCUAUGGAAAUUGGGAAAAGUAUGCAUGAUAUGCUUUUAUUAUCUAAAGAGUUUUGAUUAUAAAAAGUUAUACUGCUUUAUAUGCAAACACGUUUAUGUCCAGCAAAUGAUUAAGCUAGUAUAUUAAUCAACAACUUC